AUGCAUGCGUACAUAAAAGACAUAGCUUUGAACAUACAAAGAGAGAGAGAAGAAAAAAAAAAAAUCUUAAAUAAAGUGCAAUGUUUCCUGUAUGCCAUAAAGACAAAAUUUUGGAAUAUAGGGAAAUAUAAGAAAUCCAAAAAGUCGUGUACACUAUACUACAAUGAUGAUGAAAGUGCAAGUGCAAAUAGAAAAAAUAUUAUUGUGACAAUAUUUUUCUACCCUGUGUGUACAUUUGUAAAUAACAAGAUAAGGAAAACCAUAGGGAGAUUGUUAAAAUGGAUUGAUAUUUUUUCUUAUAUAUGGACAAAUAUAACUAGUGUAGUACGAUUUCAAAAUGAGAAAAAUAUCACAAAAGGGAAAGGUCAAGAAAGAAUAGAAGAAGAAAAUGAAGCUAUUCAAAAUAAACUAGAUCGAUGUAUACUGCUUGAUGGAACAACAGAUAAUAUAUCAAAUCGACACAUCAUACAAAUAUGCAAGAAUUAUCUAUCAAAUGUAUUGUUUUACAUACAUAAUUUUGGAAAUAACAAUGGGGAGAGAAAUUAUAAAGAAUGCAAAGAAAUUACAAAAAUGAAGAAAAUGUAUAUUCAUAAAGUUAACAAUUUGAAAGCAUUUAAUUCUGAAAAUAAUCUAUACAUAAGUGAUGAAUCUUUAAUAAAGAAAAUUAUGAUUAGAGAUAAUUCAUAUCCAAAUUAUCAUUAUGACAAAAGAGAAAUGAAAGAAACAACGAAUUUAUCUAAAAUAAGGGAUUAUGAAAAACAAUGUGUUAAAACAUAUUAUGUAGAAAAUUGUACCCCUCUAAAAAGUACUAAUAAUAGAGAAAAUAGUUCCGUGCAUUAUAAGAAUAGACAUCAUUUGAUAUUUCAUGUUAUAAGUAAUCGACUUACAAAUUUUUAUUUUUUUGCUUUUUUUACAUCGUUUCUCUUGCAACAAAUACCUAUUUUCCGGGCAAGUAAUUAUACAUAUUUUGCACUUAGUUUUUGCUUCCUCUUUGUCUUUUCUGUCUUUAAAGAUAUACACACAAUAGCUAAGAGGAUUCAGCUUGAACGUGCAGUUAAUGAGAAAACUUGCAAGAGGGUAACACCGCUUGGUUUGGUGGAUGUCCCGUUCGAUGAGGUUAAGGUAGGAGAUGUAGUAUACCUAGAAGAAAACGAAGAAAGUCCCGCUGAUCUGAUUCUUCUAAAAUGUGGAACGAAUAAGGGAGAUGAUGAUGUAUAUAUCUGUUCAAAAGAUUUGGAAGGAAAGACAGAUAUGAAAAUAAAAAAAAGCCUUGUGUUUACAUCCCAUUUGGCAAACAUUUAUGACCUCUUUAGGUUAAAAAUAAAGAUAAUGAUUGAAAAACCACAUAAAAGUUUUGACAAGAUGAACGGGUUGUUUAUUCAUAUGAACUAUUGUGAGUUUAUUAAAAGUAUGUAUAACGACUUGGCAUCUUUGCAAAAUGUUUUUUACAAAAAUGGGCCUCUACAAUCUGUGCAUUAUAACGAUAUUUUUAACUAUCUAAUUGAAGACACUUAUAUUGAGAAGGCUUACCAGUGUGUCGAUUUUUUGAUAAAAUUUUCUUUUACUCCGUUCGAGAAUCAGCCAAUUGAUUCAACCAUGAUCAGAAAUCCACAUCAUGCUUCUUCCCUUCUGCACAAUGGAAAUGCACCCCCAACUGAGAAGGCACAUCGUAGCGUAAAUUCUACCAAUGUGGAUCUUGCCAAUCUCGUCCUUGCUACAAACUUAUGUAGAGAAAAGCAGGAGAAACAUUACGAAAAUGGUAUGAACAAGUUUUUCUCGCAAAAUUCACAGGAAAGUGUAAUUGAAAGCAAUGUGGUAAAAUAUAAAGAAAAAAUUGGGAUAGAAAAUAUCAUAUGGUGCAGUAACAAAAUAGUAAAGGGGAGAGUGUAUGGACUGGUUGCUUAUGCAGGGUCAGACAAAAAAACAAAAGUUACAAUGAGUAAAAGAAAAUACAUAUAUGAUGGGGAUUGUAACAAAAAGUGGGGAACAAUAAUGAAUAUAUGGUUGGUUUUCCUAUUAAUCAUAUGCUUCUAUCUAUCGUUACAACAUAAAACCACACUUGGAGUAAACAUCUUCAUAUCUUUUAUAAGAUACGUCCUCUUACUACUCCCUUAUAUGCCUUAUGCCAAUAUAUUGCACAUUUAUUUAUUCAGUAAAAUUUCUUUUCAUAUAGAAAGAAAAAAAAAGAUGGGGAACACUAUUUCUCUCCUCAAUAGUAAUAUCAUAGAUAAGAUUUGUAAUACGUCUUUCCUUUUGUGUGACAAAAACGAAAUGAUAAUAAAAGAGGGGCUGAAGAUUUGUGGAGUGUAUUUUUUGUUUGAAGAUUUUCAAGUGCCAAACAGCUGUAGCUACUUGGUGGAUCUCAUGCAAGGGUUAAGAAAUGAUUCUAGAUGUGAUUCUUCUAACCAAAUAAGACACGAAAUCAUUAAUCGGACAAAGGUCAAUCACAGGGAUAACCUUGCCUACUGCAAGCUAUUCCUCCAAGUUUUCUUAAAUGUAACCAAUUUCAACCCGUUUUCGUGUCCCCAAACAGAAGGGAAGAUGAAAAACUACAAUGUUUUGGAAAACAUAGAAUUGAUCAAACACGCUUUGGAUGGUAAAAACAAAGCUGACAAGACACAAAAAGUAUGCCAAAAGAUAUAUAGCAAUAUUUUAAAUCAAACAACGGAUCAAAUUAAUAAAAUAUAUUUAACACUUUUGUGUAUAUUAUUUUGUAAUGUUGCAGUUAUUCGGGAAAUAAGUUAUAAGAAAAAAAAAAAAAAAACGAACAGAACUCAUCACAUACAAUGGGAUUCUAUUUACUCAACGAGUUUGGAAGAAAAUGUUUUAAUAAACUUUGUGAAAUCAUGCGGUAUGGACAUUUUAAAAAAAAAUUCAUCCAGAAUUUCCGUUGGAAUUUUGACUCUCACUAUUAAACACGACAAAAAAAAGAAACACAUGAUGGAAAAUGAGGAUAGUAAUAAUAGAACCAAACAAUAUAAACAGUGUAGAAUUAAAAGGAAAAAUAAAAAAGACAGAUAUAUAGUUAACAGCUCAGAUGAACGUACUUCUGAUGGGAGGAGGGCUCAUAGAACAAAACAAAACAAUUAUGAUCAGUUCGGACAGAAAUGCUGGUAUUUUAAAAACUCACUACAAAAUAAUGGCAUUUUUAAGUUGUCUAAUGUGGCAGAAAAAAUGGACAAGGGUAUUCUAAAGUGUAAUCAAUUCAGGGUGUGUGACAAGGAGCCCAAUGUGCCCUACACGAGGGUACCAAGUGGGGCUAGCCCCAAAGCUGGAAUCAGAAGCAGCAGUAGCAGACGAGGAAGCAGUGGUGUCAGAAGAUGCAGUAGCGGGCGAGGGAGAAGUGGAACUAAGGGAGUGAAGAUAAAUGGCCGACAUGAUCGCUGUCGCGCAACCUUUGGAAAGAAUAAAGGGCGAAGGAACAAAGUGAAGACAUACAAUUUUGAGAUUUUAGAUGGAUUGUCUCUAGAUAGUAAUAAUCAAGUUAUAUGCACAAUGGUCUCAUAUAAUGAGAAAAUAUUCAACCUGAUUAAAGGACCGGGCGAAAAAAUAGCUAAUAUGUUAUCUUGUGAAAAAAGUAAAAAAAGACUUAAAACAAUUUUCACUCCUUUUUAUGCUGAAGGAUUUCGUAUAGUCUUAUUUGCAUAUAGAGAAGUUUCUCAAAGCGAAUUAGAAGCAUACAAAAAGGUUAGUGAUAAAUUUUACAAGAAACAAUUUUUAAAAAAUUCUUUUAGAAAUAAAUUAAAUGUGCUAGCCAUUGUGACACUCAAGGAAAAUAUUCAAAAAAAUGCAAAAAAAUGUUUAGAUUUGUUUAAAAAGGCGAAAAUCAAAACGUGGAUUCUUUCUGGUGACAACAAGGAAAAUGUUAUAUCUGCUUCCAAAUCUUUGCAUCUCCUUAAUCAAAAGAGCCACCUUUGUCAUUUAAGUAGGAAAAAGCUAGCGCAGAUGGUUCAUGGCAAACCGACGCCACCUAAUGGCUUUUCGAAAAUUUUUGUGUCCGAUAGGAUCUCUUUUUGCGAUUUUCACUUAGAUCAACCCUAUACCUCAAGUGGUUUAGCAAUAAGGAAGAAAUCAUUAGUGAGGUGUGGCAGCGGGGUCCAGUUGGGGGUACCUUAUAAAUGUGAUACCAAGCACAGUUGUGAUGAAAAAUACACUUGUGAGGAGUGUACACAUAUGAUCAAGAAGAAUAAAUAUAGCGAGAAAUUCUUCUUGGAUCAACCUAAUAUACUUGACAAAAGGGGAAAUGCAAACUGGGGGAAUUCCCCAAAGAUAUCCAUACAGAAUUCAAGGAACAUGAACACAUCUAUCAUCCAUAGAGAGGCAUAUAACAAUACAUGUGUGAAUUCUGUGAGAGGAGAAUUGGGAAAUACCUUUGAUGCGUAUUGUACCUCCAGAAUCGGGUUAGCCAAAUAUCAUGGUGGAACAAAAGUUCCCGAAAAUGUGCAGAAAAGUGUGAAGGGCAAAAUGAAAGAAAAUGUAGGAAAUAAAAUUUCAUUACACAGAAAUGAGAGCAUUGAAAGUGCAUUGAAGACAAUGUUACAUCAGUUCAGUAGUGCAUUUAAAAGUGUGGAAAAGAAAAAGAGACUAGAAAUUCAAUGCCAAAAGAGGAACAACACUUCACAAUGCUAUAAUAAAGGAACUGUUGAUAUGCAAAAGAACUCUUUGAACUACCAGAAAAAGGAAAAUUGUGUGUACAUCGUCAGGGGUGACAUAAUCGACUAUUUCAUUAAAUACGCUAAAAGAGAAUUUAUAUGUGCUCUUGCAGAAUCUCGAUGUACAUUAUUCUACGACUGCAAUUCUAUUCAAAAGGGGGAAAUAACAAAAUGUUUAAGAAAAAAUACAGGGGUGGAGGAUCGUUUUAUAUGUUCAGUUGGUAAUCAUGCAAAAGAUUUAAACAUGUUGAUCGAGUCUGAUAUAGCCAUAAGCGUAAAUAACAAUAGUAAGAAGAAUAUAAGUAAUUUAUAUGCAGAUAUACAUAUAGAAUCAUUUGAAGAUAUAGGAAAUGUAUUUUUUUUAUAUGGAUAUAGAAUUUAUGAAAAUAUUAAUUCCUUCAUUAUGAUUAGCUAUUACAGAGGGUUUGCAUUCCUAUUUUUACAAUUUUUUUUUUCUUAUUUUUUUAAUAGUUGGUUAUCCAUGUUAUCUAACAUUUGUCUCCUCAUUUUUUUUUCUCUUUUUUUCAUCAUUUCAAUUGUGACAAUUACCAUAUCACACAAUGAUGAAACUUGUAUGGAUCAUACAGGUAGGACUAACUACAAUUUUUUACAGAAUAAUGCAAUGCGUAUGAAAAGUUUACAAAAAAAAUUGUUUUCUUUAAAAUGGAUAUUUGUAGUCUUAUGGCUGUCGUUAUAUCAAUCCUUUAUCUUAUUCAUCAGAAUCUAUUACUCCAAUUAUAACUACAAUUACGAGUACUACGCCAGGCAAUUGGAUUGUCUUUGUGUUUUAGACAUCCAAAACAAAGCGUACAUGUUAACCCCUUUAUUUAUUACUCACAUGUUGCAAACACUGUUUUUUUUGCCCACACCAAGAAGAAAUUGCUAUUUCAACCAAUAUGCAUUAUUAUUCAUUUUCACAUUUCUUUCCUAUGUUGUAAUGUUACACAUAUUACAUCGUUUCCAUUUUGUAUAUUUGUUUAAAUUCAUUUUUACGAUUUGUAUAUACAUUACAAUCACUCUUAGUGUUGUUAAUGUACCACUUGUUGUAUAUUAUGCAUGGAAAAAUUUCAUAAAGGGGUCGAAGAUUUCAACAUUUAAGCAUAUGAAGAAUUCUCUUCAAAGUUUGUAUUCAAAUAGUCAUCAAAUUCUUUAUAUUGGGAGUUUGAAUUCUUCACUUGGCGGUGUUUCUUCUUUUCAUAAAUACGAAAAAAAAGAAAAAAAAAAAAGAGUCCAAAAGCAAAAUUAG